CUCUAGAAUUUGGUGUUGCCCCAACUCUGGUAACUCAACACCUGUCUCUACUAGACUACUUCAAUUUUCAUUAAUUUUUAAUCUUCGAAAUGUCUGCUUUAAAAAAAAAUUAUUCGUCAAAAUUAAGGUGGGAUUAUAGCAGAAGAUGCCAUUCAAGCCCUCUAUUCACUGUUCAACGAAUCAACAUCUUCACCCUCUAUUCGAUUUCAUAAAAAUGGAGUACAGCUGAAGCAACUCCAAAAUCCAUUACAUUUUCUCUUGCUUAGGAGAUUUAUUCUAUAACUGAAAUUUGAUUCAGAGAUUGGAUGCUUUGUCUUUCAAAUUAAAAGGAGGAGUUAGUUAUAUAAACUUGGGCGCGGGGUUAUGGAAUCAGUUAACCCCUUUUAGCCCAUAACUUUCACAAUUUCACUGAAUUGCGACAAGAAAGAGGAGAAAAGAGGAAAAUCCAGUUGUUAGCAAUGCCGUCGGAAUUGGGGACUGGUAGUGUUGAUGAGGUGACGUCACUAGACAUGUUGAAGAAUACGCCAUCGAAUAUAAGGAGGUUGGCUCAUGAGAUUGAGCAGUGUGUGGGCAGACAGAAGUACCUUGCCCGCACUAGGAGCCCCUCGGAUGGCGGCGACUUUAGGUGGUACUUCUGUAAGGUUCCGUUGGCGGAAAAUGAGCUUGCUGCCUCAGUUCCUCGAACCGAAGUCGUAGGGAAAGGUGAUUAUUUCAGAUUUGGUGUGCGUGAUUCACUGGCAAUAGAGGCAUCUUUCUUGCAGAGAGAGGAAGAGUUGCUUUCUGCUUGGUGGAAAGAAUAUGCAGAAUGUAGUGAAGGUCCUAGAGGGCAGUCUUGUAUCAUUUCCAAGUCAGGCCAGCAGCUUUCUGCGGAGAGUCCUAUUCGCCAACUAUCCGCAGCUGAAGAAGAGAGAGUUGGUGUACCUGUAAAGGGAGGGUUGUAUGAGGUAGAUUUGGUCAGACGGCAUUGUUUUCCAGUUUAUUGGUACGGAGAGAAUCGAAGGGUGUUACGAGGCCACUGGUUUGCUCGUAAAGGUGGUCUUGAUUGGCAUCCAAUCCGUGAGGAUGUGUCUGAGCAGUUGGAGUAUGCAUAUCGAAGCCAGGUUUGGCACCGAAGAACUUUCCAACCAUCAGGUCUUUUUGCUGCUCGAGUUGAUUUGCAAGGCUCAACCUCUGGACUGCAUGCCCUUUUCACAGGGGAAGAUGAUACAUGGGAAGCCUGGCUGAGUGUUGAUUCUUCUGGCUUUUCUAGCAUUGUAAACCUUGGACAUAAUGGCAUUAAACUAAGACGUGGGUAUGCUCCAUCUGAGUUAAAGAAACCAACACAGGAUGAAUUACGUCAACAGAAGGAGGAGGAAAUGGAUGAUUACUGUUCGCAGGUUCCUGUGCAACAUUUAGUUUUCAUGGUUCAUGGUAUUGGUCAAAGGUUGGAGAAAUCAAAUUUGGUGGAUGACGUUGGAUGUUUUCGCCAUCUCACGGCAAGCCUUGCGGAAAGACAUCUGACUUGGCACCAACGUGGCACUCAUAGAGUUCUUUAUAUUCCAUGCCAGUGGAGAAAGGGCUUGACUCUCAGUGGUGAAGCUGCAGUUGAGAAAAUCACUUUAGAUGGUGUGCGAGGGCUACGGACAAUGUUGAGUGCAACAGUUCAUGAUGUCUUAUACUAUAUGAGCCCUAUCUAUUGCCAGGAUAUUAUUGACUCGGUAUCCAACCAACUUAACAGGUUAUAUCUAAAGUUUCUUAAGAGGAACCCUGGAUAUAAUGGAAAGGUUUCAAUAUAUGGUCACUCUUUGGGAAGUGUUCUAUCAUAUGACAUCCUUUGCCAUCAAGAUACUCUUUAUUCACCAUUCCCGAUGGAGUGGAUGUACAAGGAACGAGAAAAAAGCGAGACAGAUGACUUAUCACAUAACAACAACCCCACUUUCGAUGUUGGGGAAGGCCCCAACUCAGACGUGGGACAUGAGAGGGUUGUGAACUCUGGAGGUGAAAGUGUAGUCAGUGAUGCAGAUAAGGAACAAGAAAAAAGUGAGGCACAUUGUUCUAUGGGGAAUGACUUAUCACGUAACUGCAACCCCACCUCAGACUUGGGCCACGAGCGGGUUGAGAACUCUGGAGGUGAAAGCAUCGUCAGUGAUGCAGAGAAUCCAGACCUUGUUGAAGAACAUGUGGAAGGAGUUUGUAAUCAGUUUGGUCCUCCUGUAUUGUCAGAGUCGGAUGAAUCAACUACUAAUGAUACUAGCUACCAGCAGAAAAAUGAUGUCUUCAUUUCAGAUGAAAAUCACGAUAAAUCUCUUGACUCUUUGAAUUACAGAGAAUACUCUAAACCUGAGAUGAUAAGCAACCUAAGUAGCAUGAAAUGUGAGAUUGAAACAUGUGAUGAUGAACCAAGUGGCGAGAAUAUCGCAGAUAAUGACAAAGAUGAAAUGAUCAAAUCACUUAGGGAAGAGAUUGAAUUGCUGAAAUCAAAUAUCGAACAAUUUGAAGCAGGAAGUGCUGAUAUAGUGAAUGCACAUAUCGGUAAAGGUGAUGUUAAUGAACCUGAUAGUGUUCAAGUUGGGCGUAGAGAUUCUGUGAAGAGUUAUACCCCGCAAAUAAGAUACACAAAGUUAGAAUUCAAGGUUGAUACAUUCUUUGCUGUGGGCUCUCCCCUUGGAGUGUUUCUCUCCCUUCGUAAUGUUCGUAUUGGGAUUGGCAAAGGGAAACAUUAUUGGGAAGAGGAAAAUAUUAAUGAAGAAAUGCCAGCAUGUCGUCAGAUGUUUAACAUUUUUCAUCCUUUCGACCCUGUGGCGUAUAGAGUAGAGCCACUAAUCUGUAAAGAUUAUGACAACAAACGUCCUGUUAUUAUACCAUACCAUCGAGGUGGCAAACGAUUAUAUGUGGGGUAUCAGGAAUUUAAAGAAGGAGUAGCUGCACGUUCUCAAGCCUUUGUGGAUCACCUGACCGCUGUUAGGGUUAAAGUGCUGACAAUUUGUGAACCGAGAAGCAACGAUGGUGAGGAUGAGGAAUGUGAGACUUCGGAAGAAAAAGGAGAGAGAUCUUAUGGGUCUGUUAUGAUGGAGAGACUAACAGGAUCUGUGGACGGGCGAGUUGAUCAUGUAUUGCAAGAUAAAACUUUUCGACAUCCUUACAUAUCGGCUAUCGGGUCACACACAAACUACUGGAGAGAUCCAGAUACAGCUCUUUUCAUGUUGAGAUAUUUGUAUCGAAAUAUACCGGAGGAACCUGACGAGCAACGAGGAAGCGAGGAGAGUAGAUGGUCCGAUCCAAGGGAGGUGGAGGAUGAGGAAUUUCCCUUGACCUUUGCUGACAACAUGUCAGUCAAAAAGUUCUCCUACAAAGCCAAGAACAUUAUUAGGACCAGUUGAUCCUCACCGUCACCACGGAUUCCGGCGUUGACGUCGUCGUAGUGAAGGAUUCCGGCGUUGGUGCUUCUUCCUGAAUUUGGGAGAACAAAAUUGUACAUACAGAUAAAGGUUGUUUUGUAUUAUGUAGGAAGUGUAAAGAUGUAGAUGAAUAUAGCUUCUCUUCCACUAAAUUGGAUUAAAUUCAUAAAUGUUGUUGACACUAUCACAUUUUGUGAUAACUGAUAACUACGGCAGAGUUCCGUGAUUAUAACGUUAUGCAUAAUAAAAUGAGCACGGAUAUUAAGAUCU